GACCAACUAUUGCCAACCCAGAGCUGUUCUAUAAAUUUGAGCGAGGGCCAAAGCCGUGGCUAGCCAAUGUCCAGGGCCAGAGGAAUCUCUUGAGCCUCCACCGAGAAACAAGAUGGGCUUCAUGGAAGAAAUGGACGUGCAAAGUCCCGCCAGAGAAGCUGGACUCUGCCUGCCUCCUCAGAAGAAAGCCUGUCCUUCCCAUUUCAGCUCAGAGAGUGGCAACAUCCAGGGCGACUGCACAGGAAGAAGCAGAAAACCGUUGAGACCCCGGUCCAUCCAGAAGUCGUGGUUUGCACAGUUCCCGUGGUUGGUCAUGAAUGAGGAGCGGACGGCUCUCUUUUGCUCUGCUUGCCGGGAGUACCCAUCCGUCAGAGACAAACGGUCAAGAUUAAUAGAAGGUUACAUGGGACCGUUCAAGGUGGAGACACUCAAAUACCACGCCAAGAGCAAGGCCCAUGUGCUCUGUGUCAAGGCCUUGGCAGCUCGGGACCCCAGCUGGGCAGCCCGUUUCCGGAGCAUCCACGAUGUGUCUAGAGAGGUACUGGCCAGUCCAGGGCACCUCUUCACUGCAGAUUAUCCCAUAUUUUACCCCCCAGGGCCUCUGGGGGUCUAUGAUAACGUGGCCCAGCUCCUGCCCAGCUCAAGAGCUGCCCUGGAGGACCCUGGAGGGAGUGGAGCAAUUCCUGCAUUGUACCUAGACUGCGUUCCUGAUUUCAGGCAAAAAGAAAUUGCUGAUGACGUCCGCGGCUCCUCAGACGUUAGCAUUUUGUGUAAUGACUCUGCUGAGCCCCGUGGCCAGGAUCCUUCUGAAGAGGGGCUGUUUGAGGAGGUUCCUGUGGUGUUUGAGGAUGUGGCGGUGUAUUUCACCCGGGAGGAGUGGGGCGCGCUAGACAAGCGGCAGAAGGAGCUGUACAGAGACGUGAUGCGGACGAAUUAUGAGCUGUUGGCAUCCCUGGGGCCUGCUGCCGCCAAACCAGACUUGAUCUCAAAGCUGGAGCGGAGAGCUGCACCCUGGAUCAAGGACCCAGACGGGCCCAAGUGGGGGAAAGGCCGUCCUCCAGGGAAGAAGACGACGGUGGCCGUUAGAGAGGCACACACACAGGCCUCGGCUCUAGAAUCUGCACUGCUUCCAGCUCCUUCCAUGGAGACGUGCACCUCCUACUGCAAUCCCAGCCUUCGUGACGUAGAAGCAGAUGGACGGAGGAAAAUCAAGAGGACUUACAGACCCCGCUCAAUUCAGAGGUCAUGGUUUGGGCAGUUCCCAUGGUUAGUAAUUGACCCAAAAGAGACCAAGCUCUUCUGCUCAGCUUGCAGAGAAAGACCUAGUCUGCAUGACAGAUCAUCCCGGUUAGUCCGAGGUUACACGGGUCCUUUUAAAGUGGAGACUUUAAAGUACCAUGAAGUCAGCAAAGCACACAAGCUCUGUGUCAACACCCUGGAAGUCAGGGAAGACACCCCGCAGACCGCCCUUGUCCCCGAGAUCUCCAGUGACCUGAUGGCCAACAUGGAGCACUUUUUCAAUGCCGCCUAUUCCAUCGCAUACCACUCGAGGCCCCUGAACGACUUUGAGAAGAUCCUGCAACUCCUCCAAAGCACUGGGACCAUGAUUUUGGGCAAGUACCGAAAUCGCACCGCCUGCACUCAGUUCAUCAAAUACAUCUCCGAGACUCUGAAGAAGGAGAUCCUUGAGGAUGUCCGGAACUCCCCGUGUGUGAGCGUGUUGCUGGACAGCGCCACAGACACCUCCGACCAGUCCUGUGUGGGCAUUUACAUCCGCUACUUUAAGGGGACGGAGGUGAAGGAGUCUUACAUCACUCUGGCCCCACUCUACAGCGAGACGGUGGAUGGAUACUUUGAGACCAUCAUCUCUGCCCUGGACGAACUGGACAUCCCCUUCCGGAAGCCUGGCUGGGUGGUGGGCCUGGGAACCGAUGGCUCAGCCAUGCUGAGCUGCAGAGGAGGUGUGGUGGAGAAGCUCCAGGAGACCAUCCCCCAGCUGCUGCCGGUGCAUUGCGUGGCCCACCGGCUACACCUGGCCGCGGUUGACGCCUGCGGAGGCAUCGACCUGGUCAGGAAGUGUGACCGGCACAUCCGCACCGUCUUCAAGUUCUAUCAGUCCUCGAGCAAAAGGCUGAAUGAGCUGCAGGAAGGCGCGGCCCCGCUGGAGCAGGAAAUCAUCCGCCUGAAGGACCUGAACGCUGUCAGGUGGGUGGCCAGCAAGAGGCGCACGCUGAAUGCGCUCAUCGUGAGCUGGCCCGCCCUGGCCAGGCACCUCCAGAGCGUGGCGGAAGCAGGUGGCCAGAUCGGGCACAGGGCCAAAGGCAUGCUGAAGCUGAUGAAGGGCUUCCAUUUCGUCAAGUUCUGCCACUUCCUCUUGGACUUCCUGAGCAUCUACAGGCCUUUGUCCGAAGUGUGCCAGAAGGAGAUCGUGCUGAUUACGGAGGUGAACUCCACGCUGGGACGGGCCUACGUAGCGCUGGAGACCCUCCGUCACCAGGCAGGACCCAAAGAGGAAGAGUUCAAUGCCGGCUUCAGGGACGGGCGGCUCCACGGCAUCUUCCUGGACAGAGUGGAGGUGGCGGAACAGCGGUUCCAGGCGGACAGGGAGAGAAUGAUCCUGACUGGGAUUGAGUACCUCCAGCAGAGGUUUGACGCGGCCCGUCCCCCGCAGCUCAAGAACAUGGAGGUGUUUGACGCCACGGCCUGGCCAAGUGGGAUGGAACUGGCCGGUUUUGGGAAUGAUGAUAUUCUUGCCCUGGCCAGAUAUUUUGAACUCUCACUGCCCCCAGGAUACAGCGAGGAGGCACUGCUGGAGGAGUGGCUGGGCCUGAAAGCCAUCGCCAAGAACUUGCCGUUCUCCAUGCUGUGCAGGAACGCCCUGGCCCAGGACUGCCGCUUCCCCUUGCUCAGCAGGCUCGUGGCAGUGGUGGUCUGUGUGCCUGUCUCCACCUCCUGCUGUGAGCGCGGAUUCAGUGCCAUGAACCGGAUCAGGACCGAUGAGAGGACCAAGCUCUCCAACGAGGUGAUCAACAUGCUCAUGAUGACAGCGGUGAAUGGUGUGGCGGUCACAGAGUACAACCCCCAGCCCGCCAUCCAGCACUGGUACCUGACCUCCUCAGGUCGGCGUUUCAGCCACGUCUACACCUGUGCCCAAGUGCCACCCCGCUCCCACACAAGGGCGGGGCUCAGGAAGGAGAAGAUGGGAGCGCUCCGCGUGGAGGAGGCCGUGACCCAGAAGCCGCCCAUCCCGUCCUACAGGGAACCCGUGGAGGUCCUGACAGACUGCGUCCUAGAGCCUCGCCACGGACUCCUGUGUCCCCACCCCAGCCAAGGGGCCCUGGGCUGUCCUGAUGAAGCGCUCCUGUAAGAGCAGGACUCUGAGGGGUUGCCUUGGAGACCCCCUGCUGCCCUGGCCCUCGUGAUCAUGGUGACAGGCCCUGGGAUUCUAGGCUGCCCUAGAGUCUUCACUUGGUGGGGACUCUCUGAGCACUGGGAAGUGGCAGUGACAAGGUAAUGAAGCCCACAUCCCAGGGAAGCAGGGGGAUCCGGAGGCGCACAGCCUGCUUACCAAGGCCCUCCUCUAAGCCGAGCGGCGACCUCACAGCACUUCAAUAUGCAGAAGGGUUCUUAGCUCAAGCUCAUUUUAAGGUGCUUCAGGAAAUAAUUCCAUCAUGAAAGAUUUCACCCCAUGUUUUGGUGGCAGGAGGACUUUUCUGAAGUGGGAGAGACGGUUGAGGGUAGGGGGCUUAAAGGAACACUCCAGCCCCUGGGUAGCUGGGGAGCACCCCAGCGGGCUGCCCACAGCCUGAGUGGCGCGGGGUAGACACGUGGUGAGGGGCAUGGGAUGAGCAGGUCUAGGGCCAGCUGGCCUGGCUCUGGGAUCUGUCCCCCUGGCUCCAUGGCAGAAGCCGGGAAGCCUCAACUUCAAAUGGGAGACUCGCAUCAGAGACUUCCUCUAUCUCCUCCCAGGGCCUGCCUUUAGGAUGAGGCAAGCAGAACCCCUUUGCACAGAGCAAUCAAGAAAGGUUAUCCUCCUGCAGCUCCCAGACAGGGGAGGCGUGUUUCCCUGGAGGGAGCCUGGCGCUUUCCACCAGUCGCAGCCCUUGCGUUGUGCUGAGACCGGGUUUUCUACGGAGCAGAGCGGACAGGACAAGUUUGCACUUGGGGGGCUUGGGAUCCUGUCCAACUCUGCUGCAGGCAGUGGUUCAACCAUGAUUAAUCCCUUCCUCUUUUCUGUGCCUUGGUGUCCCUCUCCAUGAAGUGGCAGUAGAGAAUCCAAGUGCCUGCUGGUGCCCCAGCUGCCACAGGACUGAUGGAUGACAGCGCCUCCGGCUCUGAGAGACGGCCCUCAGGCUGCAGAGUGGACUUGGCUGCCUUCAGCCCUUGUCCUUGUCCCUUGCCACCAACGUCCUUAUUAUGGGAAGAGGUGCUCUCUCAACAUGCCCUCAGCAUAAUGGUCUAGUCCUCUCUUCCCGAAGUUGCUCUGGGGACCAGCUUGGGAAUCACUAGGGGUGUCUUGUUUAAAUCUGUUUCAACGCAGACCCACCUGAUUCAGAUCCCCGGGACUGUUUCCAGCAAGGCCCCCCAGGAACUUCGUGGGCUCACUCAAGCAUGAGAACCAGCACCCUGGCGGCACAGAAGGGUGUCCCACACUAUUUGGUUCCCGUUGCCCUCUCCCCAUCACCCCAUCUCCUCUUCCACCCUGAAGUAAAGCACUUUUCCUUCCAGGGCAGCUGCUUUGGGCAGGCUCCUAGGCUGCUCAUCUGGCUGAGGAUGAUGUAGUGUCUGGGUCCCGCCUUCCUAACCGCAGGUGGGAAACGAGGGGAGGUCAGAGGGAAGGGCUUCUUUGCCGCUGCCUUUCUCUUGUUUUAGACGGGCAGGAGGUAGUGCUCCGUCCUGGCCGUGCUGCCUGGCUCUAGGUGGGGUCCCUGCUCUGUGAUGCAGGUCCAAGUGGCCUGGCCCUCAAGCAGCCACUCCUAGAAGGUGCCGAGAGCCCCUGAGAUGCUGGUACCAAGUGUCUCACUGUCUGGCAGAACCCCUGGUUCCCAGUGUCUCUGACUCUCCCUUCCCAGCAGCCCACCCUUAGCACUUAGCCUUAGCGCCAUCGCUUUCCUGUUUUCUUCAGCUUCGAGCCGGGAAUUCCGUUUCCGCUUUCUGCCUUUUCAGCUGUGGCACUGUCUCCCUGACAGCCCCGUGUUCUGGGGGCUGACGUGUGCCACGGGCCCUCGGAGCUUGAACCCUGGCGCUGUUACUGUCCACGUGGCCAAGAUGGAGCCCAGGCCUCCCUCCGCCAUUCGCGUCGGUCACUAUGGGGAGUUCAGGAAUCUGCACUAGGCCAGGCGCCGCGGGUAUGAGCUGGUGGGAUGGAAGAGAGGGGGGCCCUUUAAAGUGGGGGUUAUAGCCCCCAGCCUAUCCAUAGCGAUUCAAAUUGAGGUGAUUUCCUCGCAGGCAUCCUCCCCAUGGCACCUUCCAUCCUUUAAGAAUCCGCAGAGCAAGAGGCUAGUCCUGCGAGCAGCGCCGUGCAUGAGUGCCACACGCACGAUUCCCUGGGCGAGUCUAGGCGUGGAGGUGGGGGCCAGCUAGGGGCGCCGCUGCCUCUCCACACCUGUGCCCUGAGGAAGCCUCCGACGCCAGCUCGUGAGAAGCUUGGGCCCCUUGGCGGCGGGGUGGGGGGGGGCGACUGAAAAUGCUGUUUGUCACAGGGAUUUGCACUACCCACUUUCUCGAGGGGCACAGGCAUGCCCUGGGUCCCCUCUGCUCGCUAAUGGCAGAGAGGACGCUGACCAUUUUGUGCAGGACCCCAGGCUGAAGCGUGGUGAGACCCUUUGCCCAAGCUGACAUCUCGUUUUGUUUCAAGAGACUUGCAGCAUUUCAGAGCCCAGGGCCUGGAGACCCCGUUGUUGGAGAGCCUUCCUAUUUUUGCCUCACAAAAAAACAAGCUGAAGGGCAUUGGGGAUGGAAGGAGCAAGCUCUCUGCCUUUGGCCAGAGUCCUAGCCAUGCCUCCACCCUCGUUCCCUACCUGUGAUCUCCAUAGACUGAUGCCCACAGGGCUGACAUUUUGAGCGACCAGCAUUUUAACUGACAGUUUGAGUUCAGUAGCCAUAGAGACCAGGUGGGAAGGAGGGACCCCGACCCCCUGUUCUAGCCAGACACGUUGGAGUGUAAUCUACUCCAGACCCUUUGCUUCCCUCGAAGCCCAGGUUCAGUUCCUAGGGUGCUAAGUAUUUAGCAGGACAGUGUGGAGAUGGGCCGUUUCCCUCAUCCAAGUGUCUGUCAGCCGAGGUCACCCCAGGUGAUUGGCCCAGGGAUGUUCUCUCCUCCUCUGGUUUCAAAGAUGUGCAAAACCAUGUGCAAAACACGGUUUAAAAAAACCAUGUCUGAUUCUCAGCCUUUUGCUAUUUGAAUAAAGCAGAGUUUAUUUCGA